CAAUUUCCUCGCCGCGUCUCGUCGACGCGCGCGCCUCUUCCGUCCCGUCGACGGGCCGCGUGAGAACUUAAACAUGUCUGCCGCGUCGUGCGCGACGCGCGCGCGCGCGAGCGCGCGCGGGGACGGCGCGCGGGGGGCGCGAAGAUUCGCGACGCGUUCCAGGACUUCAACCGCGCAUCGCGCGCGCGCGAUCGCGCUGAGCGCGGAACAGGAGAGCGAUAAUCAAACGCGCGUCAAGGUGCUGUCGGAGGCGUUGCCGUAUUUGCAACGCUUCGCGGGGCAAACCGUGGUGGUCAAGUACGGCGGCGCGGCGAUGAAGUCCGAGGAACUGAAGGCGGCGGUGAUUCGUGAUGUGGUGUUGCUGUCGACGGUGGGCAUUCGGCCGGUGCUCGUGCACGGGGGUGGGCCAGAGAUUAACGCGAUGCUGAACAGGGUCGGCGUCGAGGCGAAGUUCUUAAACGGGCUGCGAGUCACCGACGCGCAGACGAUGGAAAUCGUCGAGCAGGUGCUCACGGGUAAGGUGAACAAGUCCAUCGUGAGCUUGAUUUCGUGCGCAGGCGGGAAAGCUGUCGGGAUCUGCGGCAAGGAUGGGAAUUUAUUGCGCGGCGUGGUGAAGAGCGAGGAGUUGGGUUUCGUCGGCGACGUGACGCAGGUGGACACGCGGUUGAUUCGUGAACUCGUGAAUGUGGGGUACAUUCCCGUCGUCGCCACUGUCGCCAUGGAUGCAGACGGUCAGGCGCUUAACGUGAACGCGGAUACCGCGGCUGGUGCAAUCGCGGCCAAGCUCGGGGCGGAGAAGCUCAUCUUGAUGACGGACGUUCCGGGCGUGUGCACCGAUAAGGAUGAUCCCAACACUUUGAUUCGCGAGCUGACCAUGAAGGAGACGGAAGAAGCCAUCGCGAAGGGUGUGAUUGCGGGAGGCAUGAUUCCCAAAGUCGAAUGUUGCAUGACCAGCAUCACGAACGGCGUGAAGAGCGCGCACAUCAUCGACGGUCGCGCCAAGCACAGCCUACUCCUCGAAAUUCUCACCGACACCGGCGUCGGCACCGUCAUCACUUCCCCCGUCGUCGCCGUAUAA